CUGUUAAAGGUGUCACGAGCUGUGAUUUGAAGUGUGAGAGUCAUACAGCGAAAAAUAAAAAAACAGAAGUGCCAAAAAAUAAAUAAAAUCGAAAAAUGGCCAUUUCGCUUUUAAAUAGUGUGAGAAGCUUUUCAUCAUCUUCGAUGCUGAAUGCAGCAAUUAAAAAUGUUACAGUUAUUGGUAGUGGUUUAAUGGGCUCUGGUAUUGCCCAGGUAGCUGCCCAAACUGGUCAUGAUGUAAUCCUAGUAGAUGUUUCAGAACCAAUUUUAGAAAAAGCUACUGCAAGCAUCAAAAAGAGUCUACAAAGAGUUGCAAAAAAGACAUAUGCAGAAAACCCACAGGAUGGUGAGAAAUUUAUUUCUGAAACUCUUAAAAGAUUGCAAACUAAUACUAAACCAGAGGAUUCUGUAAAAAAUGCUGAUAUUGUGAUUGAAGCAAUUGUUGAAAACAUAAGUAUUAAACAAGAUUUAUUCAGAUCUUUGGAUAAAGCUGCUCCUAGCUCUACAUUGUUUGCCAGUAAUACAUCUUCUCUCUCAAUCACAGAUAUUGCUAGUGCCACUCAAAGGAAGGACAGAUUUGGUGGUCUUCAUUUUUUUAAUCCUGUUCCAGUUAUGAAGCUCUUAGAAGUUAUUAGAACAACAGAAACAAGUGAUGAUACUUACAACAAAAUGAUGGAAUUUGGUAAAAACCUUGGUAAAGAAACCAUAACUUGUAAGGAUACUCCAGGUUUUGUAGUCAAUCGUUUACUAGUUCCAUAUAUGGGUGAAGCUGUGAGAAUGCUUGAAAGAGGUGACGCUACUGCAAAAGAUAUUGAUACAGCUAUGAAAUUAGGAGCUGGCUAUCCAAUGGGCCCUUUUGAAUUGCUGGAUUAUGUUGGCCUUGAUACCACAAAAUUUAUUAUUAAUGGAUGGCAUGAAAAGUUUCCUGAUAAUCCACUUUUCAAGCCUGUCCCACUUCUGAAUAAGUUAGUUGCAGAAGGGAAACUAGGCGUUAAAACAGGUGAAGGCUUCUAUAAGCAUAAGAAGUAAUUAAGUUUUCAAAGCAAUCAUUGUACCUGCAUUUCAAGAAAUAUAACUUUUGAAGGAUCUAAAAUGUUUGAAAACAACAUAAAAAUGUAUAUUUUUUUUACUUGAAGCAUUUCUUAAUCAAAUGUUUCGCUUGCUUAUUAGCUGGCAUAUAAUAAUUUAUAUACAUUUUGUAUGGAAAUGUUCAUUUUUAUAUAUGAAUUAUUCAUAUUGAUGUACGAUAUAUUUUGAGAGUUAAGUGGGAAAAAUUAGAAAGUGGCAAUUUUUAAAGAAAACUCAUAUUGAAAUAAUUUAUCUGAAUUUCUAUAUUUUGUAUUUAAAUAAAAUAUAUUUUUAAUAUA